AAUGGUUCUUAGACCAUGUGCAACCCAAUACAAACCUUUGACACGUAUAUUUUUGUUAUUUUGAAAUAAGAAAUAUAUUUGAUACGUGCUGAAUUGUUCAGGAAUAUUUCCUCAAACAGAAAUCCGCUACUUAAAACCUGCUUGACAUUUCAAUUUAUAUGUUAUUUUAUUAUCUUAUAAAAACAAAUUUUAGAACUUAUUGAUGUAACUGAGGUUAAUCACGAGAUGAUGAUGAAAGAAACCGAAGAUGAAUUUACCAACCGUAGUGAUUCAAAGUGGUACGAAGAAUAUUCAAAACAGGAGAAACCAUGCAAACAUUCUAAAUCCGAAACAGAAGUAUCAAAGUUGAAAGAUGAAGCUAAAAGAUAUUUAGAUGCAGAAACUUCUGCUCAUCAGUUGAAAGAAUCAAAAUCUCGUAAUUCAGAAACAGCAUGGUUAAAAACAGCAUUAACACAAGGUACAAGAUCAGAUAAAAUUGCAGCUGCUAUUGUAUUUGUUCAAGAUAAUCCAAAGUAUAGUUUGGCUAGACUCACAAUGCUUAUAAAUCAAGUACGGAUAGCAAAACAUAAUCAAUGCAUUAUGGUAAUUAAAUCAUUGAGAGAUCUCUUUUUGUCUGAUCUGCUUCAUCCAGAUUUUAAGUUGCUCAAAUUUGAAGAGCAAAACUUGGAUGAAAUUAAUCAAAGUAACACUAAAGAUACAAUAGUUAAAACAGAUUCAUCAAAGAAAAAGUUAAUGGCAUAUUGGUAUUUUGAAGACCAAUUACGUGAACAGUAUGAACAUUUUAUUAUGUCUUUAGCAACUAUUGCUUCAGAUACAGUGGAUGCUAAUCGUGAAGCAGCAAUAUCAGUGAUGACAGAUUUGUUAAUUGGAAGUUCAGAACAGGAACACAAACUUCUGGGAUUGAUUGUAAACAAAAUAGGAGAUCCAAGCAAUAAAGUAGGAUCUAAAGCUAUAUUUUGUUUAACCAAGUUGUUGUAUGAACAUCCAAACAUGAAACUUGUUGUGUUACGAGAAGUAGAAAAAUUGCUAUUUAGAACAAAUGUGGCACAACGUGCUCAAUAUUAUGCAGUUUGUUUGUUAACGCAAUUUAUUUUGAGUAAAGAUGAUGAAAAAAUUGCAUCCACCCUCAUUGAAGUUUAUUUUGCAUUCUUUAAAGCCUGUUUAAAAAAGGGGGAACCAGAUAGUAGAAUGAUGGCAGCUAUUUUAACUGGUGUAAAUAGAGCUUAUCCAUUUGCAAAAAUGGAUUCAAAUAUUCUACAUAAUCAUAUAGAUUCUGUGUACAAAGUUGUACAUCUUGGGUCUUUUAAUGUUUCAUUAAAUGCACUUAACUUAUUACAUCAGGUUGCGGGGAAAGAUGAGGUUCAGUCAAGUAGAUUCUACUCUACAUUUUAUAAAAAGUUAUUAGACCCACAAAUUGGAGUAUCCAACAAACGUGCAUUGUUUCUUAAUUUGUUAUUCAGAGUUCUCCAAAAAGACGAUAAAAUACCACGUUUAUAUGCAUUUAUUAGAAGAAGUUUGCAAAUUGCACUAUACUUUCCUGCAAAUAUGAUAUGUGCUAUUUUAUACAUUAUAUCUAAAAUUAUUCGAAAAAAUGAAGCAUUGAAAAACUUAUUAAUAAAAUCGCAGAUGUAUAUUAAAAUAGAAAACGAAAAUGACGAAACUGAAGAUAUUUCAUUUAAUACAGAAGAUGUUGAUGAAAUCAACAAACCAAUAAACUCAGAAGAUUCUAUUUUAUUAACAAAUGUUGCAAUUGGAGAUAUUAGAAAUGAGGAAACUAAAUUCAAAAUAGAUGAUGAUAUCAAAGUUGAAUCAUCUAAACAAAAAGAGUAUGAUCCUUUUUACCGCAAUCCUCUUUAUGCAGGAAUAACUCAAGGCUUAAGUACUGAAUUAAUAACGUUAUCUAAACAUUAUCAUCCAAGUGUCGCAUUAUUUGCUAGUACCAUCAUUGAAGGAAAAUUAAUUGAUUAUACAGGAGAUCCGUUAGAAGAUUUAUCUUUAAUGCGUUUUCUGGAUCGUUAUGUUUUUAAAAAUCCAAAGAAAUUAGAAGAUAAAAAAGUGCAAAAGAGAAACGAUCCUUUGGCUCAGCGUGCGGGGUAUACACCGAAAGGUAUCCGGUGCAUACCAGUAGAUAGUGACUCGUAUCUCAAUGAAAGAGAAGACCGCAUACCAGUUGACGAAUUAUUUUUAUAUCGGUAUUUGAAAAAGAGAAAAUUGAAAAACGAAUCUAAACAAGAUAAUGAUGAUAUAGAAAGCAUUAAUAGCGAGGAAUUUGACGAUAUGUUAGGAAGGUUAACAGACGGUAAAGAUUUUGAAGAUCUGGACAUUGCAGCCGAUAUACAAAGCAAGAAAAAGAAGAAAAAAGGUUUACAAAUAUUCGAAAUGGCUGCUCGAUCCGUUGUUAAAUAUUUACGUCCAAAAAAUGUUGUAUCUCAAAUUUAUCGAUGUGCUUCAUUAUCUGCAUUCGAAAUACAACACAAAACCCCAUCUAUUAAAAAGGUAAUGCCUAUACCAAAGGCACAUUAUGGUGGACGACACACGGUUACUCUUCUACCUGGUGCAGGUAUUGGACCAGAGUUAAUGAACUAUGUUAAACAGGUGUUCAGUUAUGCUGGUGUACCUGUAGACUUUGAGGAUGUAGACAUUGAUCCGAAUGCAGAUGAUAAUGAGGACCUACAUUAUGCUAUUACAUCAAUUCGUAGAAAUGGUGUAGCAUUAAAAGGAAAUAUUGAAACUCGUAGUAGAGAAGCUGAAGUAAUUUCGCGAAAUGUAGCUCUUCGAAAUGAGUUGGAUCUUUAUGUGAAUGUUUUGCAUUGUGUAUCCUAUCCAGGAGUAAAUUCACGUCAUAAAAAUAUUGAUAUUGUCAUUGUCAGACAAAAUACAGAGGGAGAAUAUGCCAUGUUAGAACACGAAAGUGUAAAGGGUGUUGUAGAAAGCAUGAAAGUCAUUACAAGCUCUAAUUCUGAACGUGUUGCAAGAUACGCAUUUGAAUAUGCUAAACGAAAUGGAAGGAAAAAGGUUACUACUGUUCAUAAAGCAAAUAUAAUGAAACUUUCUGAUGGCUUGUUCUUACAAAUUUCAAAGGAAGUUGCUAAAGAUUAUCCAGAUAUUACUCACAAUGAUAUGAUUAUUGAUAACACUUGUAUGCAGUUGGUCUCCAAUCCACAUCAGUUUGACAUUGUGCUAACAACUAAUUUAUAUGGAGCAAUUGUGUCGAAUGUAGUCUGUGGUUUGUUAGGUGGAGCAGGAUUAUUAGCUGGUAAAAACUUUGGUGACCACUAUACUAUAUUUGAGCCAGGUACUCGUAAUACUGGUGCCAAAAUAGCUGGAAAAAAUAUUGCCAAUCCUAUUGCAAUGUUAAAUGCUGCAGUUGAUAUGUUGCGUCAUCUUGGACACAAGCAUCAUGCUACUUUAAUACAAAAUGCAAUUAAUAAAACGAUCAAUCAAGGUAUUCAAACUCGUGAUCUUGGUGGACAAGCUACAAGCAAGGAAGUGAUUGAUUCCAUUAUGAAGCACAUUAAAUUAGCAUCCGAUUAAGACUGAAAAAGUAUGUUUUGUUGAAUGCUAAAAUUCGUAGAAAAGUAUCCGCGUAUUAUUGGAUUUUGCUUAUUAGCAAGAAUUAUUCCAUUCUUUGUUAAAGUAUUACAUUGUCAUUAUGAUUGACAAAAGUCAUUAUACUCAUAAAUCUAAACUCACAUAAGUUGCACAAAGCUAUACAUUAUAAGUUUUAAAUAAAUUAACACAAUUUGAAUCGUAUUAAA